UUUUCCAGUGCAGCGGAGUCAGGCCCCAGUCUUUGGCUCCGAGCUCCUUCCAUAGGAGACUAAAAGACUGCAAAAUGGGUUUUGUUAAAGUGGUGAAGAAUAAGGCCUACUUCAAGAGGUACCAGGUUAAGUUCAGGAGGAGGAGAGAGGGAAAAACUGACUUCUUUGCCCGCAAACGCCUGGUUGUCCAAGAUAAGAACAAGUACAACACCCCCAAGUACCGCAUGAUUGUCCGUUUCUCCAACAGGGACAUCGUCUGCCAGAUUGCCUAUGCCAGGAUUGAGGGCGACAUGAUCGUGUGUGCUGCCUACUCACACGAACUGCCCAAGUACGGAGUCGCUGUGGGUUUGACAAACUACGCAGCAGCCUACUGCACUGGCCUUCUGCUGGCCCGCAGACUCCUGAACAAGUUUGGUCUGGAUAAGGUGUACGAAGGACAGGUGGAGGUGACGGGCGAUGAGUUCAAUGUGGAGAGCAUUGAUGGCCAGCCUGGUGCUUUCACUUGCUACUUGGAUGCUGGACUUGCCAGAACUACUACAGGCAAUAAGGUUUUCGGAGCCCUGAAGGGAGCUGUGGAUGGCGGCCUGAGCAUCCCACACAGCACCAAACGCUUCCCUGGCUAUGAUGUUGAGAGCAAGGAGUUCAACGCUGAGGUUCACCGCAAGCACAUCCUCGGCAUCAAUGUGUCCGAGUACAUGAGCCUGCUGAUGGAGGAGGAUGAGGACGCUUACAAGAAGCAGUUCUCCCGCUUCAUCAAGAACGGCAUCACACCUGAUUCCGUUGAGGAGAUGUACAAGAAGGCUCAUGCAGCCAUUCGUGAGAACCCAGUACAUGAAAAGAAGCCCGCUAAAGAGGUCACGAAGAAGAGGUGGAACCGCGCCAAGCUCUCUCUGGCUCAGAGGAAGGACCGUGUCGCCCAGAAGAAGGCCAGCUUCCUCAGGGCUCAGGAGAAGGAAGAUGCAGAUUAAGGAUCCCAACUGCAUUGUCCUUAUGCAGAUUUGUUCUAAUAAAUGUAUCAAAAAGA